AUGGCUCUCGCGACGUCCCCCGUGCACGAUGUCGCCAAGCUGCUGGGCCGCCGGAACAUCAGCACCAUUCCCAAGGAUCAGAAGUCGCUGCUGGAGCGGAAGGAUUCGUGGGCCGUUGAUCAAGAUGGAACAAAGGGCAUGGCAACGGUGCCGAAACAGGUUCUGCAGACGCUGAAAGAGGCCUUUAUCCGCCUCCAGGGAGAGACGGAGAAGGAGAACUCUGAAGAAGAAGAAGAAGAAGAGGAAGAGGAAGACGACGAGGAAGACGACGACGAGGAAGAUGAAGAGAACCCCAAACUACCUCGUCUCUCUGCUACCAACGAGCGUGGCAGGCAGAACGGACAUCUGCCCGGCUCGACGGCCGCGAGGCCAAGCAGUCCGCCCCCCUCGUCGCCGGAAGUCCCCAUCUCGUCCUGGUCAGAGUCUCCAGCUCGAUCGAGAGGCCGCGAGCAAGAUGCAACGUCCGAUGCCGAUGCGCCCGACGAGACGCCCGGAAGUCCUAUGCACAUGGUUGUUCCCGAGGUGCUCAGCCAACCGCUCUUCCAUGCCACGCCGAACCCGUCGGCUCUCAGCGAGCCCGAAGAUCUCGAGAUGGAGCUCCCGCAAGCUCAUGAGGCCCGCGAGGCGCCAAUCAACCGCAUGGCGACUGUGCUGCGCCCUGUAGCGGCGACUCAAGAGCCCGCGAGCCUGGUUACAAGCCUGCCGAGCACCACGGACACGCCGCCAUGCGCGCAGCCGCAAGCCGCUACCUCGUCGGGAACCCCAAAGUCAUCCGUGGUGAAAGCUAUUGCAGCUCACGGCCGGUCGCGACGCAUGAAGCCGAUCGCCUUUAGCGAUGACAACAGCCCAAAAGCCGCUGGGUUCGCGCCGAACCCGAGCCCCUUCACGCGACGGCCUUCCAUGCGGUCAUUGCCCAGGUCCAAUGUCGACAACUCACUCUAUUCGAGCUCGGAUACCCCAGCCCCAUACGAGCGGGAAAGGGCAGAGAGGUUUCCAUCCCCUCCUCCACCACCACCUCCCCCUCACAAUUUUACCAGAAGUGCUACCACGCAGCACGGAUCAUAUGGCCAGCUCGACGGCGCUGUUAGUCGAGAAAUCUCUCCAUCCCGUCAGACCCCCAUGCACCAGCUGUACCGGAUACAGGCGGCAGUCAACGUAUCCAUCAGUGACCGUGUGGCACCCUAUCGCGCUUUCACCACUACGUAUCCCGACUACACCACGGUCCAUUCUGGUAACCUGCUCAGCUUUAUCCAGGCGUGUGUCUACCUGCGAAUGCUCCAGGAGGAGCGGCGGAUGCGCGAGUAUCUGUACGACGACUUCAUCCGUGCCUGGUCAAGCGGCUUUCUACCGUAUGUGCAAAACGCUGGCCCUGGACAGGAGCCACUGCCUGCCGUCGAAUGGUUCAACAUGCUCAAAGGCCCCAUUCUCUUCAACCGUAUGUGUGUGAAUGCAGGCAACAUCGACGUGGUCCUAAGCGCAUAUCCGGAAGAGGCGUCAAGGAUCAAAGCCAUACUCGAGAGAAGCCUGCAGACGGAGCAGAGCCCAGAGCCGGGGCCGGAGCCGGAGCCGGAGAUGCUUCCAGGGACAGAGAUGGAUCUGGAGCUGGAUACGGAGCCGGAGCCAGAUAGGAGGCCAGAGCCCGAGCCUCGGCGGAAGCGAAGACGCGAGCCCGAAGUCAUUGACAUUGCAACCAGCGACGGCGCCAUGGACAUCACCGCGGACAUGGAACCACAGGCUGGGCGGCAUCUUCCUUCCCCUCCUCCUCCUCCUCCUCCUCCUCCACCCCCUCCUCCCACGAGACAAGCACCAUCCCUGCCGGCGCCUUCACGCACAGCCCCUCCGCCGCCUCCACGGCCGGCGUCUCCAGAGCUAGGCAGCGACGACUAUUUCGAUACCCCCCCUCUACCGCCCAAGCCGCCAUCAUCAGCAAGACCGCGACCACGCUCGCGAUCACGGUCAAGAUCGCCCUCGCAGUCCCGUCAGCCAUCGCGCGCGCGCGAAGCACAAGCUCAGCCAAGACCAAGACCACAAACACAGCAACAGCCACAGAGACAACUCACGCUCCCCCAACGCCAAUCCCCCAAACGUCGGCAAACAGCCUCCAACCCGCCCGCCCCAGCAUCUUCCGCAGCGCCUCCCCCGUCAUCAACAACAAUUACAACAGCAGCGCCAUCCAAACGUCCUCGACCGAAAUCUCCCCACCGCCUAAUAACCGAACAACAACAACAGCAGCACAAUGGCCCAGGCUACGCCGUCCCGAGCAGCAGUCGCCCCAUUCCCAGCUCAAGCACCACCACCACCACCACCACCACCAACCGACCCAUUCCGAAACUGCGCAAGAGAACGGCCGAGGAGAGGGCGCGGCUGAAGGAGCAUUUCCGGAAGAAGGCUACUUCGUCGUCGACGAGCCAUGUUGGGAGCGGGUUGGAAUGAAGGGGGACCCGACUUACACUCGGUCAACUUGAUUGGCUGAUGAUUCUUUAUGAACUUUGCCCUUUUAUCUAUACGUCUUCAUGAAGGAAAGAGAAACCAAAAAGGUGAAUGGUGGAUGGAUCUGGUGACGGGCGCGAGAAAAGUCGGAGCGACUGGGUGUUUUUUUUUUUUUUUUCUUACGAUUUGUAUAAAUGGAAUCCUUACAUACUAUGCGGGCGAGCAUUGGAUUGAAAAUGGACAAUAGCAACAAACAAG